AUGGCUCCUCCCGGGACACCUCUGACCUUGCUUCCUUCCUCCAUAGUACUUGCAAGAUAUCUCCGACCAGCGGAGAAGACAGACGUUGUCCUCAUGGCCAUUGAGGCGAAGAGGAACUCCAGCGUCUUUCAGAGGGAGGCGAUAAAACUCACCUCUGCCCUGCCUCGCUGGGACCUGAUGUUCUCCAUGCCCGAGAUACUGGAUAAGCUUUUGAAACAGCUGUCCCUGCACCUGCAGGACAAACAGGAAGGAGAUGUCUUGCCAAAUUCUUCGGUUGAAAUUAAUGUGAUCUUUAAACCCCAAGAAGCCAGAGUCUACAAACAAAUGGUCUACUGUGACAUCUCAGGCCGUGAAACCAGGCUGCCCCUGCGCAUCAAAGGGGAAGGCAUAGGGCCCCAGCUCUGCUCUGACUUGGACCAGCUGGACAUCGGGAAGGUCUCUGUUGAAUCAGCGCAGACUUAUGAGAUGAUCCUGUUUAACAAAGGAGCCAUUGAUGCUUUCUUCAGCCUGGAGCCUCCAACUACAGCUCUGGGCUCCUGCUUCACCUUUCUCCCUCAGGAAGGUCUCAUUUCACCAAACAGGCUCCAAAUCAUCAAGAUCUCCUUCAGUUCCACCAUCCUGGGGGAGUUCACAGAAGAAUUCAGAUUCAAUGUAAAUGGAUCCCCUGAGCCUGUGACUUUGACUAUCAGAUGUGUCAUUCCUCAGCUGCGAGUGCUCAACCCUGUUGUGACGUUUGAAAAGUGCUUCCUGAAAGUCCCCUGUCAGCAGAUGCUGACCAUUGUGAAUGACAGCAAUCUUCCAGGCUGCUACAGGGUUCUUCCUCAGCCGACUCCCCCUGCCUUCAGGAAGGGGAAUUCCCUCUCCAUCGAGCAGAGUCUGGCUGGCACUUACGAGGUGAAGCUGCCCCGGAUCACCCAGCUUGGAAGCAGGAGUGAAACCUGCCAUGGAAAGUCCUUAGCAGCUGACCGGGAGCAGAGCUUUCUCCAGCCUUUCCCAUCGGAAGUUGUAUUUCAGGACUUCGUUCCCUGUGAGGUCUAUGAAAAGCUGCUGGUUCUGAGGAACAGUGACAAGGUUCCUCAGCUGGUGAAGGUCAUCAUGGAACGCUCACCGUAUUUCAAGUUGUUGAUCCCCAGUGGUGUGUACCGUAAGAUACCACCUGGCCUGACUGCAACUUUCCGCAUCCUUUUCACCCCUGAGGAGAACAAGGAUUAUUUCCACCAGCUCACCUGCAUUGCAGGAAAGGAAAAGCUUAUUGUGCCGAUCCGAGCUAUAGGGGCUCGACCUGUCCUGGACUUCCCUGACCAGCUGCACUUCUCCGUCUGUCCAGUCAACUACAGCACCGAGAAAACACUGCUCAUUCGUAACGUCGGUAAUCGGGAGGCCCACUACCGCAUCAGCACUCAGAGCCCUUUCUCUGUUAGUCCCUCCGCUGGGAACCUUGGGGUUGGUGAAGCCACACAAGUAACGGUGGAGUUUCACCCAGUGAAGACGGGGGAUCAUUCCGGGUCCCUGAUAGUUCACUAUGACACAGGUGAAGAUACCCACACAAGCCUUUAUGGAGCGGCUGUAGAUGUCAACAUCAGGCUGGAGAGGAGGUCCUUGACAAUUGAGAAGACUUACCUCACUCUGGAAAACCGCGGCACUGUGGUCAUCCACAAUCGGAGUGGAAUCACUGCCCACUUCCAGUGGAAGGCUUUUGUUACUCAGGAAGAGGAGGAUAAGCGGAAGCUGAGGCUGUGCCAGAGGCUGCGGAGCAGGGAGGAUGACAUGUUGGAUUGUUUUCUCAAGGAGUGCUUGGAGUUCUCCAGUCUCCGAGAAUGCCGUCCUCUUCUCUCCGGCAACGUCCGGAACCAGAGUGCGAAAGGGCAAGGAGACCGCACGCUUUUCUCCAGUGAUAUUUUCACCAUUGAUCCAGUGGAAGGAGAUGUCUUGCCAAAUUCUUCAGUUGUAAUUAAUGUGAUCUUUAAACCCCAAGAAGCCAGAGUCUACAAACAAAUGGUCUACUGUGACAUCUCAGGCCGUGAAACCAGGCUGCCCCUGCGCAUCAAAGGGGAAGGCAUAGGGCCCCAGCUCUGCUCUGACUUGGACCAGCUGGACAUCGGGAAGGUCUCUGUUGAAUCAGCGCAGACUUAUGAGAUGAUCCUGUUUAACAAAGGAGCCAUCGAUGCUUUCUUCAGCCUGGAGCCUCCAACUACAGCUCUGGGCUCCUGCUUCACCUUUCUCCCUCAGGAAGGUCUCAUUUCACCAAACAGGCUCCAAAUCAUCAAGAUCUCCUUCAGUUCCACCAUCCUGGGGGAGUUCACAGAAGAAUUCAGAUUCAAUGUAAAUGGAUCCCCUGAGCCUGUGACUUUGACUAUCAGGGGCUGUGUUACCGGACCACUUGUUCACUUUGAUGUGCCUUCUCUCUCCUUUGGUGAUGUCUCCUUUGGCUUUCCUCGCACAUUGUCCUGUCGCCUCAUUAACACCUCCUCGGUGCUCAGGACCUUCAACCUUUACAUUCCUGACGAUGGCUCAGGAGAGCCCAGUGUCACCAUUUCUGAUCUGAUGUUGGACAACACCCUCCCAUCUCGAAGAAGGAGGAGUCGAAGACAGGUCAGGCCGACUGAAUUUACCAUCACUCCUUGCAGAGGGAUCAUCCAGCCCCAGGGAUUCCAGGAUAUCCAGAUCACCCUGUGUUCCAACACUGUGAAGAAAUACCGUCUGGCACUGGUGGUGGACGUGGAGGGUGUUGGCAAGGUGUCUUCAUUGCUCCUCAGAGCCAGGUGUGUCAUUCCUCAGCUGCGAGUGCUCAACCCUAUUGUGACGUUUGAAAAUUGCUUCCUGAAAGUCCCCUGUCAGCAGACGCUGACCAUUGUGAAUGACAGCAAUCUUCCAGGCUGCUACAGGGUUCUUCCUCAGGAACACAAGGACGCUGCUGCUGUGCAGUACUCCAGCCCUGUGCCGUGUGGGAUUAUCCAGCCUUGCAGCUCAGUGGAGGUCCCAUUUACACUGGAAGCCCAGGUGACGGGAGAGGAGGACACUGUUGCUUGUGUUGCGGCAUUUGGGAAGGAAGAAUUCCCGCUGGAAAUCCAUUUGGUGAGCAUUGCAGAAGGACCAGUUGUCUAUGUCUGGCCAAGUAAAAUAAAUUUCGGCAGUAUCCAAGUCCUACAAGACUCUUCCCGGACUCUCCGCCUCUGCAAUCAAACCAUCAUCCCUGCGUCCUUCACGGCACAGAUGGCUGGCAAACACUCACGCUGGAGGAUUGAACCCAGUCAAGGAGUGAUUCCCCCCAACACCGACCUGGCUCUGGCUGUUAUAGCAAACUUGGAUGGCAUCAAGAAAUUCAAGGAUGAGGUGAAGGUCUUCAUAGGGAACAGCCGGAGCUACAUCAUCCCCGUUCAGGCUGUUGGCGUCGGCACCACGACGGUUAUCAACAAACCCAUUGCUCCAGAGGUCAACUUGGGGCCCCACUUCAGAUAAGCAGACGACGUUGGAAGGCAGCUAUCAUACAGGAAAACUUCCCAGAAGUUCUUGAACUUUUCCAGUUCAGUUUGUAUCAAUGUUUAUAAAUGCCUCCAAAAAGCCACAGUCAUACAACCCAUACUCAGUCUACAUGGUACCAUACUGGAUAACAAUUGUCCCCUUCAAAAAGAAAAAUAAAGUUAGAACCUGACCGAUUCCCCCAUGCACACACAAAGAACAAAUCUUUUGGAUUAGAAAACCAAAAAAAAAGUCAUUUAAAUUCUUACAUAUUUAAAUAUAAGAAUAUAAAUUCUUAAAUAUUUCAAUUAUCAGGUUUCCUUUAGCUGCUUUGUGUUCCCCCCUAAAGAAACUGACAUUACUGGGAGCGGAGGAAUCAACUUUCCCAGUGCAGAUCUGCAAAUACCUUCACACUGUCCUAACUGGAGCGGAUCUCAGCUCUCGCCUCCCAGCCAGGGACACAGAGGGCUCAUUGCUGCUGCCCAUACACAGAUGAUGAGCAGCACUUCUGUACCCUUAGUGCUGAGGUGUCUUCUCCAUGGGUCUGCCAGAUAAUGGAGCUGUCAUGGGAGAGCUGUGCCCUUCUGAAGGGCUGCCCAAAACACAGAAGGACUCUGCAGGCAAAGAAUCAAACAUCACAAAUGCCGUGUCCCCCGAAUGGAGAAUCUGGUCAUUUGCAUUGCCCUGAACCUGCUGAUUAGGAGAGGGAUUGGUCUCUACUCCCAUGGCUACACCUGCAUGGCAGGACCCGCGGGACUGAUCUCUGAACUGCAGCUUAACCCAAACCCAAUCCCAGAAGGUCCAGUGGUAAGAACCAGGUGAG